CAAUCCCCACCCCUUUCCGCUACGAAACGAAUAGCGAGCCGCUUGUCGAUUUCGAUAAAUCGGCAUUUGAUGAAUUUUAUCGAAGGCUGGGAAGGGCUGGUCGAAGAUCCUGAAAGUAGGUGGAGUCAUCUUUACGUCGUUUUGUAUGCGAAGUGUUCUUAGAUUUUGAAUUACCGUUGCUGUAUAUUAGUUUGGUCGAAAAUCAUGUCUGAUACUCCGGCGGAAGGCAUUGAAAAUCUUAGUAUUAACACACCGGAGGAAGAAAUUGAAUCAAACUACAAACCACCUCCUGAGAAAACUAUUGAAGAAAUUCUAGAAGCGGACAAAGAAGACGAAAGUCUACAAAAAUAUAAAGAAGCUCUUCUGGGUGAAGCAAAGACCGGGAAAGUCAUCGUUGAUCCUGAAGAUCCUCGUAAGGUGAUUGUGAAGAAAUUGGUACUGUGUGCCACUGAUCGCCCGGACGUGGAAUUGGACCUCACCGGUGACUUGACUCAGCUCAAGAAACAGGUCUUGUAUAGUGUAUUCACCAUCAAGGAGGGGGUGUCUUACAAAAUUCGGAUUGAAUUCAUUGUUCAACGUGAGAUUGUGCAUGGGUUGAAAUACGUGCAGAAAACGUACAGAAUGGGAGUCCCAGUGGAUAAGAUGACCCACAUGGUUGGGAGUUAUCCACCAAAGGUAGAGAUUCAAUCAUACACCACACCAGCAGAAGAUGCACCGGCCGGUAUGAUGGCGCGUGGAAGCUACACUGUUCAGUCACUCUUCACGGACGAUGAUAAACAUGAGCACCUGAAAUGGGAAUGGGCUUUUGAUAUCAAGAAAGAUUGGAAGGAGUGAAGUUAUUCUUUGGUGUAUACUCAAAUGCAACUCUCUCAUUUCGUUGGGACUGCUGGAUGUGGAAAUAUUCUUGUGUUUGUGCUACUUAGUUAUAACAAACAAAGCUUUGUAAUUUUUGAGCAAGUUUACUUUAAUCUUUUAUGAACUUACUGUUAAGUUUUCAAUCUUUUGUCUUACACAUUUGUAAUUAUUGCUUAAGAAAAAUGCUAAUGGACUUGUGCCCCAGCUUGAGUGUACAGAAUUGUUAGCAGAUUUUGACAGGCUUACCUGUGAAUUUCAGAUAGUGAACUGUAAGAUACAAAAUAUAUUACUUGUGUCUUUUUUUUCUUCACUCCUCCACACGCUCCAUAUUAUUGAGCAUUCCACUCCAAAUUGUUUCCAGUUGUACAGCUGCUUGUCUGAUCGAAAGUUGUAUGAAUUGGAUAAAGUGUGGUUUCUGAUGAAUAAUUUUGUGCUUCCAGAAAAAAAUAUCAACACUUCUAAUGGCUUUCAAUUUUGUGCUUGUAGUUUUCUAGUCCUUAAGUUUUAAAAAUUGAUUAUAAUUAGAACACAUAGUUGUAAUACAAUUUCUGGUGCUGGCUGUGGCAGUGCAAUUUAUAAAGAUGAGAGGGUCUUGCAUUUCAGUAUAAAAUUCUCUCUCGUGUGGAGAAUCGGUAAGAUUUCUUGUAUAGCAGACUUUCAAGAUUGGAAUCCUUCGCCUUACUUGACCUUAUGAAAUGGUGAUUGUAAUCCUAAUAAAUUAAAAGUUUUCAACUUUUCUUUAGAUACCAAAGUGCAAUUUACCAAUACAAAUUGUAAUGUGUACGACUAUGACCAACAUAGAGCAGUUUUCAUGUAUUUUAGGAAAAGCUUGAAAUGUAUAUUUUGGCUGUGUUACACUCCUAUGAUAAAAUUGCUAGAGUUAAUUUUAUUAACUUUCUCAUAAUUAUAUACAAAAAAAUACACAAGUUUUGUAAAAGGCAAAUGUAAUUUUUACUUAGCUAGUACUCCUUGCCUCUUUAAUGUGGGUCAAAAAUUGUGUCCCUGUGCCUUCCAAUUGUUACGUUACUGCAGGUCCUUGUGUGUCCUUAGCUGUACUCAGGUGCCAUAGACAAAAAUGGGCAUAGUGGAGACCAGUGAUGCACUUCUUACAAUUCUGUAAUUAAUUUCAACAAGGUAUUGUAAUAAGGGUACAAAAUAGAUCCUUGUAUCUUGAAUAAACAUUUUAUAUGCACACAGUGGAGAGUUUUUCAUUUUCCCCCUUUGAACCUGUUUUGAAAUAGAAUGUUUUAAUAUUAAUGGCCUUGGAUAAUCAGUGAGGCGUAUAUAGGUAAUCAGGCGUCCAUUGCUAGCAUGGAAUUUGCGCCCGUCGGGAUAAGAGUUAGGGUUGGUAUUUGUUUUAGUGGCGCCCUUGUGAAUGGCGUUCACGGCAGGUGCGAUGUCUGGCAUGCCGUAGAUACGCCUCUGAUCAUAAUGAUAAGAGAGGUAAGUCCUCACGACUCAAAAUAUUUGACCAUGAAAAUGAGAUAAAAGUUCUUGGGCUUUAUAAAUAGUCUUUAUGCUUGUUUCCCCUCAUACGAAAACAAUCGUGGUGGAAAAUAAGGUGAAAGGAAAGGGUCAAGGAAAUGCCAGUUAAUGCUUUUAAGACUUUCUUAAGCGUUGGCGCUGCCGGUUUUAUAAUAUUUGUUUUGAUGAGUAGCUCAAAUUGCGAGUGAAAGAGGUUGCCAUAAACCGCUUGUCAUUCAAACCCGCGCCCAACGAUAGACGUCACGCAAUGGCGCCCAACCGACAGGUGCUGCCCUCUCGGCGGCAAGUGGCGAACUAACUUUUAAAAUGGGGCACACUGAUGUUUCUUUGUGAGUGCAACCAUUGUGUCGUUUUCCUUAAAUGACAUUGGCUGUCGUCAGGAGGUGCACGGUUCGCUGACUGCUGCUCCGGAGACGUUCGCCGCGCUUCUGGAGGAUCCAGGUACGCGCGGGCAGCGCCCCGGGGGCUCGAUUCGCGACCAGACGCGGCGUUUGUUUAUGUGUCGAUCCGAGCCUGGACGUCAACAUACCAGGAUGGUUGGCCUCAACAGGCUAUACCCGUUACGGGGGCAGCGGCCGUCGCUUCCGCGGCGCCGCGGGGCCCAAAGCACGGGGCGCGGGCGGCGGACACGGGCGGGAAGGGCG